UAUGCUGGGUUUCUUCUCCCCAGUCCCCCGCUCUACCUGUUCUGCCACACGUCAUCAUGGCAGGAUCUCUUGGCGCUUCGUGUGGUCCGAGGGCAGAACUUACAGUGCUGGAGAUCAACCAGGAGCUGCACUUAGAGCUGACCAAACAGAAGCAGGACUUCCGAGAUCUCACCCAGAAAUUCCUUGUAUGCCAAGCUACUACCUACUGCCUGGCCAACCAGCUGCAGAAAUACAAGUGUGAAGAGUACAAGGACAUCAUUGAAUCCGUGCUGGGGGAGAAGCUGCAGUUCCGGGUGGUGAAGUUGGCAGAGCAGCUGGCAGAGAAGCUGGCAGAGAAGCCAGUGCUAGCUGACGAGAGGUUCAGGGAAUACGAUACCCUAAUUUGCUCUCAGGCACGAGAGCUGACCCAGUUACGACAGAAAUUAUGGGACGGGAGAGAAGACUCUAUCCUGCUCAUUCAACAACUCAGGGACGUCCUCACCCACAAUGACCUUGACAACAACCCGGGCCAGGGCUUCCGAGAGCAGCUGACCGAGGGAUGCAGGCUGGCAGAGCGCCUUGCCCGCAAGCUCAGCCCAGAAAUUCAUGAAGAUGAGGAAGAUGAACUAGAAGAAGAAACACUCACCCCCAGCAUUGAGCAAGAGGAGUUGGAGGAGGAGUUGCUCCAAGAGUCCCAGGAUGAAUGUGUUUUGAAUCCCUCAGUUCUCCAAGAAGGAUCUGACUGCAACCGGCUAGACAGUGAAGGCAACUUGCCAUUUGAUGAAGAGAAAGUCAGCCGUGCUCCGGAUGUAGCUGGUGCUUGCUCCCAUGUUGCAGAAGAUCCAAUUCCAGCUGACCUCCCAGAAAAUCAGAAUGAGUGUGACGAAGCAACUGGAGAAGAUCCAGUGUCCGCCAGCAUGGAGCUCGAGGCAUUUGAGAAGGAGGAACUGCUCCAGGAGUCCCAGGACGAAUGUGUUUUGAAUGCUUCAGUUCUCCAAGAAGGACCUGACUGCAACCGGCUAGACAGUGAAGGCCACUUGGCAUUUGAUGAAGAGAAAGUCGGCCAUGCUCCAGAUGUAGCUGGUGCUUGCUCCCAUGUUGUAGAAGAUGAAAUUCCAGCUGACCUCCCAGAAAAUCAGAAUGAGUGUGACGAAGCAGCUGGACAAGAGGCAGUGUCCCCCAGCAUGGAUCUACUGGAGGUUCAGAAUGACGACGUGCUCCAGGAGUCCCGGGAUGAAUGUGUUUUGGCGCCUUCCAUUCACCAGGAAGGUUCUGACUGCUAUGAGAAGUGCAUUGAUGGAAAAUUUGCAUUUCCUGAACAGAAAGUGCUAUGUGCUCUGGAGGUAGCCUGUGGUUCCUCGCAUGUUAAAGCAGAUGCAAUUGGAACUGACUUCCCAGACUUCCCUCUGGAUGUAUGCCCAGGAGUGAGAUUCCUGGAUCAUAUGAAAACCAAAAUGAUCAAGAUGGGGUGAAAGGAGUAGAGCCAACUAUCUGCAGGCUCAGCACGGAGCUGCCGCAGAUGGUAGAGGAUGACAUCCCACGGCACUCAGUGGAGGAGUCCUAUUUGACUUACUCAGCUCUUCCUGACCUGUCAGACUCCUUCUGGCCUUAUAGGAGCACCGC